AUGGCUUCUGAAGCAGCGUGGCCUCAGAGACGUGGGAACUUAGAAUUCGAGGAUGCUAUUCGCUGCAAAUAUGUGACAAAAAAUACGCAGUUGGGCGACGGGUGUUUUAGCGUUGUCAAAGAGUGCAUGAACAUGGACACUCGAGAUUUGUUCGCGAUGAAGCUCAUCAGCAAGAAAACAGUCCAGGGAAAGUUAUGGCUCAUCCAACGCGAGGUUUCGUUGCUAAAAGACGUAAGUCGUCAAAUUCGCGAGUUGGAAAUUGCUGGCCAACCGUGCACGGACACGUUUGAGGGUCACCAUCACGUUCUGCAGCUGUUCGAUUAUUUUGAGACGUCGCAACACAUCGUGUUGGUAACACAGUUGUGCGAUCAUGGGGAUCUGUACGAGAAUAUCAUCGAGGCCGGGUCUUUGGACCUCACGCGCCAGGUUAAACCGUACACGGCGUGUUUGUUGAGCGCGAUUAACUUUCUGCACGCGAACGGCGUGGUGCAUCGCGAUGUCAAGGCUGAGAACGUCAUUUUCCGGCGUCGCGUCAGUGAACUUGAUGAAUUUGCCCGUCGUGGUUCCAACUACGAUCAUACGUCGCAUGAUCUGGUUCUUGCAGAUUUUGGGCUCGCUACAAGGCUCGACGGCUCUAAAGACGAGUUACGCGAGUGUGUUGGCACAACUUCGUAUCUGGCACCCGAAGUGAUGAAAUGCCAGGGUAUCGCACGACUUGCUCCUUCAAAACAGAAUGAAAUUGCGCCAUAUGGCGCGCUCAUUGACGUGUGGGCUUUGGGAGUGCUUACAUAUUUUAUGAUGACCGGUUAUAUGCCAUUUGAUUGCGACACGGACGAUGAAACGCGCAAAUGCAUCCAGGAAGGCGACUACUACGUGGAGGAUGCAUUGCGGGAUGACAGUAACACAGAAAACAAGCUGUUUUGGAAUUUCGUUCAUCUGUGCUUCAAUGUGAACGCAGAAGACAGACCUUCGGCGCGCGACCUAAGAAAGCACCCGUUUGUUCAUGCAUUUUUCCACGAUGAGGACACUGUAGAGCCCUUUGGUGACCGGAUCGCUCUGCGGAAAAGCAUUUCGUCGUCGUCACUGCACAAGUUGCAAACGCCAUCGCGCUCUGCUAGUUUCUCGAGCAUAGCACAUCUGGGGCGAUUGGACUCGGGGCAUGACAUGAAACGAACCGGUUCACGCGGGCCGGACAGUGAGCCAUUUCGCGAGACGGAUCGCGAUGCAGAACUCAAUAGGGUCCGCGAAACGUUAAAGAAAACGCUGUCGAUGACAUCGGUGAGGCCACUGACACGCAACAGUGACAAAGACAAUUCCACGUUCACGCUUGCACCGUUGCCUCCUGUAAGCUCUCUGAUGAAUGGGUGCUUGUCGCUGACGCCCGAAAGUAAGUCGAAUUUCAACACUUCGCCCUGUUUGUCGCGAACGGCGUCCACGAACGACGUUUCGUGGCCCGCAUCGAGCACCACUGCGGAAACGGGCGCCGAGGCGAACUUUUCACGCAAGCGUGGGGCGCGUUUCGAUGUGUAG